AUGGAUGAGAACCGAAGCCCGGAGUUCUUUUCUCCUUCAUCUACUUCCGUGGCUUUGGGAGAAAUACCAAAUGUACUACAUGUAGCCGUUGUUCCACGAGAUCUUCGUGCUUCCUGUUCUUUAUGUUCUCCUGCAUCCCAGAAACAAAUACCAAAUCCAUGUCGGAAGAUUCCUUUUUCAUCCUCGGCGUGCAAAUAUGCGAGCAGGAAGAGUGAAAGUGUUGAGCAUGAUGUUGUCGAGGGUUUUGCGCAGCUAUAUUUUAACUAUGGGUACGACAGUCGUGAAGAUCCGAAGUACAGAAUUCUAUGGACAAGUACUCUUUCUUCGAAGGGUACUGGUGCUUAACUGAUUCUUUCUGCGUCCUUCGAGGAAAUGGAAUUACAUUCAACCAAUAAUCAUAUGGAUGGAAAAAGUGGAG